ACAGUUAGAGUUUGGCAGUCGAAUUGAAAUGAACUUUUUUGAACAUUUCCCAAAGUUUCUUUUAUAAAAAGUUCUCUGUCAUUAAGUAAAAAAAAGAGCUAUGGAAGAGGAUGUUGACUUCUUUCUCAAUACUCCGGACGAUGUUCUUUUGGAAUUGGAACGGGAUUUUGAGAGGAUGUCAAUUCAAAAUUCAGAAAAAGAUGAGAAAUGUUUUACAAUAGGAAAAUCAAAAGGAAUGGAACAUCUGUCUUCUGUUGUUAAACUUGUGGAACGCGUAUAUCAUUUGGCAACGAAAAAUGAUGAAAUUGACAAAAAAUGUGAAUGUCUUAGUGUUUUAUUACCAAAAAGUAAUAGUUAUUAUCCAGAGGAGGAUCAUGAUCAAAGUUCUUUAUGGAAUAAAGGCCUACAAAAAAUGAGAGCCAAAAGUACCAAAGUUAAAGCUUCAUUUAACAAGAGAAAAGAUGGAAAAACAAAUUCAACACCCAAACGUAGUCAGAGUACCGGAAGUAUAAACAUGAACGAUAUAAUCCAAGGAAUGGAAAAUGAUAAUUGUCGGAAAAGGCGAGAAGCAAAAUUUUCUAAGAGAAAAAUUUCAAGUUGGGCUCGAAAAGUUCGAAAAGGUUUAGCGAACAGGGAAUUAAGUAUUUCUAAAUCAUUUAAGAUUGAUAUUUCUAAAUCAUCAUCUCAGUCAGACUUUAAGAAUUAUGAUAACUUUAUAUCUUCUCCUGAAAAUUUUACUAUUGUCUCUAAUGGAGGUAAGAGAAAUAGACUUGUCAGGAGGAGGUCUUCUCCUUUAAUCUAUGUUGAGGAAGAUGUCUCAUCAUUUAGUAGGAAUGGAAGUGUCAAAUCAAUAAAAAACCCUUUGAAAAGAAUGAAAGAUGCAUUGAUAAGGACUGAAAGCUUUAGAGAUAUACCCUUUAAAAAUCAACGCGAUAACGACUCAAAAUCAACUGAUAAUUUUUUGCUUUUGAAUCCAUCACCUACCGAACCAGUUCAAAGGACAAGAAAGAAAGCAACAAUUCAAAAUAGACCUUUAAGAACGUCAUUAGUUGUGUUUCCCAGUGAUGAGAAAGGAGGAAUUCAAAAUUACCUGACUGCUGAUUUAGCGAAGCGAAUAGGGGAGUGGGAAAACAGGCGAGAUUCUACUCAACAAAGUACGAAACACGAAGAUUCGCUUUCUAGGGGCUUUAUCAAGAAGAUGCAAGAAUGGGAAAAGAAAAAACGAUUAGAUAGGGAAAAAUCUCCGAAAACGUUUAUUUCUCAUCCAGAUACAAUUUCUUAUAACGGUAGUAUUAGUGAUGAAAAAAGUUCAACCAACCUUGGAGAAGAUUUCAGCAGACGGAAAGUAGAGUGGGAGAAAAUUAGAGAUCAGAAUUGUUUACAAUCGAAUAUAGAAUUGUAUAAGAAUGAAAGGUCAAGGUCUAGAGAUAGAAGACAGAAGUACGAAAAAUUAGUUUCUAAAGAUAUGCAGAAAAUUGAAAAAGCUCAGCAAAAAAUUCAAAAGGAAACAGUUAAAUUACAACGGUUGAAACAAACAAUGAGUGUGAACGAGGAGGCUAUGUGUCACGGUUUAAGUCAAGAUUUUGCUAAAAAGUACCACGCUUGGCAGAGACAGCACUCUCAAUGCCAAUUCGAUUUGGAGCGUAGAUCUGUAUCGCCGUUACUGAGUAGACGAAGCGAAAUAGAAACGAGUGAAGAUCAAACUGACACGAUAUCGCCUUCGACCUCUCACGAUAAGACCUUACCAACUUUAAAUUUAUCAAACGAUUCAAAUGAAGGUAUUUUUAAUACCAAGAAAUCGGAUGAUAUCAAUUUCAACACUUCAACAAACGAGGUUAAUAGACUAAUGAAAAUUCUCGGAAAUCUAAUUGAAAGACUCAAUACUCAACAUUGCGAUUUAUACAAAAGAAAUGACUGGGAUCAUCUUGAUGAUCUGGAAAAACAACUAGGAAAUUUGGAUAGAUUAUUGGAGCGAUUAGAUUCUGCUCCAAAGGUAACACACGCAGCCAUGGUUGAAUUAUUAAAAAUAAAUACAAAGAUCAACACAAUUAAUACGAAAUUAACGAGAAGGCAUAUUUUAGCUCUUAAAUAUGCUAAACUACAAACAAAGUUACUAAACAAAUGCUUAGCUUUAAAAAAUAUUCUAAGAUGUCAAAAUGGAAGAGCUUGUUGGAAGAAAGCAAAAUCUGAAUGCAAUCUUGAGGAAUUUCCAAUUCAAGAGAAUGAAAUGCUCUUUAAUUCGUCGUUUAAACUUGCGACAAAUCAAUCUACUCAGGAUCAUUUCUUGGAGAAUUGCUCUAAUCUAGUUGAAGAAUCUAUAUAUUUCACGGGCCAAUUAUGUGAGAAGAUUAAUGGUUCGUUAGAUGCUCAACAGAAUUCGAAACAAACCCAAACUACUGAAAUCUGUAAGAAAAAUGUUCAUUCUGCUAGUUUGAUAGAAGAAAUUGUUCCGCAAUUUUCCACUGAAAGACGUCCUUCUAGACCAAAGUUAGAAAGAAUUCCAGCAGUCGAAUACCAAUCGCCAAAAGUUGUUAAGAGAUCAAUUAUUUCUUCUGAUCUAAGAGUUUAUGAAUCUACAAUUCCAGUUGCGAAGAAUGGUAUUGAGAAAGUAGAUAUCCUUCAAACAUCCUUCUCAUCUGUAUCAGUCGAUUCGCAAGCAGGCGAGGGAAUGGAACGAUUAGACAUAAUGGAAGCUUUGGUAGCCGAAAGAAGUAAACAAUUAAAAAACAUGAUAAAAAAAUUCGAUAACACCUCUGAAGAGAGUGAAAAUAAAGCCAAUUUGAAACCAAAGAUUCCUAGUAGAAGAGCAUCCCCUAGAUUAGGAGCUGUUACAUACGAGAAAGAAAAGAAACAAUUUUUUAAUUGUGGUGAUGAAGAGUGGUUCCAUAAGUCGAUACCUAGUUCCACUCAAAAGCCAGAAAGUUCUUUUCUAACAAAAAGUUUUAAGUUUUCCGCUCUAAAGAAUGUCAGAUGGAAACUUUUUAAAAAAAACACAUCAAAUGAAAAAAUUUACGUGAGCGCCCUCUGUCGAAACGCAAUUACAGUCGAUGUUUCAGAGGUAUCCAAAAUAAGAGAAACUCAUAUUUUAUCUGAAAAUAAGACUAAAAAUUGGCUUCAAUCCCGUUUUUUUCACUGCUGA